UUUCCAAACACAAGACUGAGAUUUUCCAUCAUAUCAUCUUUUAUGCUCUGCCCAAAAGACAAACAAUUCCUUCUUCCUUCCACCAAUCCCCUUUUUAAUAUAACAUUUCUUUCUCUCCCUCUUCCCCUUAUCCUCCUCAUCCUAAACUAUUUGGGAUCUUCUUUUUCUCCUCACAAAUUUCUCAAAACCCAAAUGACUACUCUCUCUUUCUUUACUUGAUAAAAAAAAAAAAAAACAAACAAACAAAGAAACCAACAUGUCUGCAAAGCUUCUGCAUACCAUGUCAGAUGACAACCCGGAUCUCCGCAGGCAGAUUGGCUGCAUGAAUGGCAUUUUUCAUCUCUUCGACCGCCAUCAUCUUCUUGGAUCUCGACGCCUCAUUGGCCAUAGCCCCAAGGCACUUCCACCGGGUCAAAGUGGCAACCGUAUGAAUGAGCCAACUAAUGCAUCAGAAAAGACUAUACCUGACAGAAAUAUGAAGAAGUCUGUCAAAGAGAAACACGGGGUCUCCACUGAAUCAUCCAAAACUUCAUUUUCAUCCUCUUCUUGUUCGUCUAGUUUCUCAUCUAUGGACUACAACAGAACAUCUCAACUAGAAUCACCCGCCUUUAGCCACACAAUCUUCCCCGAAAUAUCUACCCGAGAAUUCCCAAUUUAUCAACCAAAUGGUUCUCCUCAAUUGAGCCGAAAGUCUCUUGAUGAUUCUCCUCAGUUGAGCCAAAAAUCUGUUGACCUCCGCGAUGUUGUCAAAGACUCCAUUCACAGAGAAGCACGAGGUAUACUUGUUAGAACUGCAGCCAAAAAUGAAGCUGGAUAUCAGAACUUGAAAUAUAUAGAUUCUCCCAGGCCUAUGCAGCAGCCAAAAUCUGCCAACACUAGACCUUCCAAUCUCAAUGAAUCAUGUCGAUAUCUUCCUAGACUUGGAGAUGCAGGUUGGAGUUCUAAUGAAAGGAAGGAUGGUUCUCUGGUAGCAGCCAAGGACACUCGCAGGUUCUCUUGUGAUGGGAGAGAAUCCAGAGAUGGACUCAAAUCCACCAUCAAACUUAAAGAGCUUCCCAGGCUGUCAUUAGAUAGUAGAGAAUGCUCCUUAAGGUGUUCCACCAUUGAUAGGAAAUCAAAUUGUCUGCCAGGAGAUCUGUGUAGGGAGAAGGGGGACGACCUGAACCAACAGCAAGAACCCGGAAGUUACAGAAGACCGUCUAGUGUUGUAGCCAAGCUGAUGGGCUUGGAAAUUAUCCCAGACUCUCCAACGCAUAAUCAUAUUCAGACAGGGCAAACUGAGUCCCGCUCUGAUGUUAUAUGUGAUCCCUUCUCAAAAUCAUCAAGAAAAACCAAUGAUAGCAAGCAGAACUGGACUUCUAGCUCCCCCAGGCAACAUUCUCAUGAGAAACCCACCUCACCACGACUUAGAAAUGCUGAUUCUGUGAAGAAGCCCAUUGCAAGCUCCAGAUGUCCAAUUGAACCGGCUCCAUGGAGGCAACAGGAAGGGAGCAAGGGCCAAACACCAGCUUUAAAGACUGCAUCAAAGGUCGAAAACUCUUCUCUUUCUGUUUACGGUGAAAUUGAGAAGAGAUUGGCACAACUUGAGUUCAAGAAGUCUGGAAAAGAUCUCCGAGCUCUUAAACAGAUACUUGAAGCAAUGCAGAAGACAAAAGAGGUGUUAGAGAGUAGAAAAGAUUGUACUUCAAAUUUGGUUUCGCAGACAAGAAGCAGUCUUGUUCAGACCUCAAGCAACCAAAUUUCACCCGCCAUUAAGGGGGCACAAGCGGUGAAGACAUUCAAAUCCCCAAUUGUCAUUAUUAAACCAGCAAAAUGUGAUGGGAAAGCCACAGAUUUGGCUUCUGCAGUAAGUCGUUCAGGUCUCCGUAGAAUCCAGACUGGUGAUUCUGGAGAUACAAGAAAGAUGAUGACUGUUAAGCAAAUGACUAAAGAUCUAACUCCAAGAUCGACCACUCUUAGAGGUGCUUCCACUCAAAAUGUAACUAUGAUGGAUAAGAAUACCACUGUAAAAACUUUCAGAUUAAUAGACACUUCGAAGGAGACUCCACCCACUACAGGAGAUAACACCAAGUCGGAUAAAGGCUCAGGAAAUAUGAACCUGAGAUUGCAACAGAAGAAGAUUGGGUCAGAGAAGCAUUCUCGCUACACCAUCCCAUCAUCAGAGUCGAGCAGGACCAGAAGGCAGCCUAAUAGACAGAAAACGGAAUCAGGGUCCCCAUGCAGAAAGUACAAAAGACGAUCUGUCAAUUUGCAGCAAAUUGACAACCAACUGACUGAAAGUACUAAUUUGAGGGAGUUUAGUCACCAGGGUGACACUAGUUCUGUACAAUCUGAGCAUAUAAGCAUAGCCUCAACUGCUGACACUGAAAUCACCAGUGCAGAUAGAUCUAACGGGAUAAAUGUCACCUUAUCUGAGCAAGGCAGCCAAAAACAAAGACAUCCAGAAUCAAGGUUUAAUGAAGAGAGACUAAUGGUGGAACCCAUAAAAGUUUCUUUGGAACAACCAAGUCCUGUUUCUGUUCUUGAUGCAACAUUCUACCGAGAUGAAUCACCAUCUCCCGUGAAGAAGAAGACUUCAAAUGUCUUUAAAGAUGAGGAGGAGCUUGUAAGUUCAGAAGAAGCAGAUUGGAUCCCCAAGGAUCUGAAUCACUUCUCCAGCUGCAUUAUACACACUUUAUGUUCUGAGAAUGACAAUCUUCUAAAUUCCAACCUCAGUCAUGAGGAACUCAUCACUGCUGGAAAUCCCUGCUCCUGCAACAACAAUAAUCCAGAUCAUAAAUACAUCUCAGAGAUACUGUUAGCAUCAGGUCUUCUCAGAAAUAUAGAAUCCAGCAUAAUCACAACCCAGCUUCAUCAGUCAAGCCUUCCGAUAAAUCCUAACCUUUUCAUUGUCCUCGAACGAAGCAAGGAAGGCACCAGGUUGUUAAAAGACAAACACAUUGGUAAAAGAGGUGGCCAGAUAAUGCACGUGGAGAAAGCCCAAAGGAAACUAGUGUUUGAUACUGUCAAUGAAAUUUUAGCCCAGCAGUUAUUGCUGGAAAGUUCAUCAAAUCAGUGGCUUUCAUCAAGCAUGCUUGCAGAGAAAAGACCAAGAGGGCAACGCAUUCUGAGAAGUUUGUGUUCAGAGAUAGACCGCCUACAAGCUAACAACUCAAACUGCUUUUUGGAUGACGAAGAUGACAGUCUCAAAAGCAUCUUACGGGAAGACUUGAUGCACCAGCCUUUCAGAUUCAAAGAUAGUCAAGGUGAAAUUUCGGCAAUAGCGUUGGACAUUGAGCGAUUGAUCUUCAAAGACUUGAUAAGUGAAGUUGUGUGUGGUGAGAUAGUGUCUUCGAGAGGCAGGCCUGGUGUCCAUCGCAGAAAACUGUUUUGCAGGUAGUGCUUCAAAUCUAACUGGUUUCAAUCAAUUACUUUAAGUCCCAUAGGCAGUUUUCUUUUAAGGAAGAUAACAAAUUGAAGUUGUUAGCUUUCAGUUUUUGAUUUUUUUGGGUAUAUCACAAUAACACUUGGCAAGAAAUUGAGCCCUGUGCUAGAAUGUAAAUCUGCACUAGAAGCUUAUUACCAUACGUGUAUAUUUUAGUCAAUAAGAUAUAUGCAUCUUUUUGGCUCUUAAAA